AUGUCAGUUCAAUCAAAACUUUUGGAAACUGCAAUGGACCCUGAUAAACGGCGGAGGGCCUUGUUAAUAGCGGCUGGAGGAGUGGCGGCAGUGGCAGUGGCUCAAUGGAUAGCUCUUCGAAAAUCUCAGAAAACACAUCACAAAUUGGUAAAGGAAGAUAGUGUAGCAUCAGAUGGAACACCUAAAAAGAACAAGAAGAAAGCGUUUGAUCCUCAAUUUUUGAAGCAAUUGAAGGAAUUGUUGAGGAUUAUGGUUCCUGGUAUUUUCAGUAAGGAAGCUGGAAUUAUUGGAAUGCAUUCAAUCAUUCUGAUGUGCAGAACAUUUUUGACAAUUUAUGUGGCUCAAUUGGAAGGCUCUAUGGUGCAAUCCAUUGUUGAGAAGGUAUGUUUUGAAAAUAUGAAAAAAAUAUUGUUGAGCAUUCAGGAUGUCCUUCAAUUCGUUCUCCAUUUGAUAAAAUGGAUUCUUGUCGCACUUCCAGCCACAUUUGUCAAUUCCAUGAUAAGAUUUUUCGAGUCUUAUUUGGGAUUGGCUUUCAGAACUAGACUCACCAAGCACGCAUAUCAGCAAUAUUUCUCGGACCAAACGUAUUACGCAGUGUCCAAUCUGGACACCCGACUCCAGAAUGCCGAUCAAUGCCUCACUGAAGACAUCACGAUGUUCUCACAGAGUGUGGCUCAUCUUUACUCACAUCUGACCAAGCCAGUCCUAGAUAUUGCUCUCAUUACAUUCACACUCCUCAAACUAGCGGUACAACGUGGAACGGGUCAAUCAACAUUCCUUCCAACGUGCAUGGCGAUUCUAGCAGUCUCCAUUACAGCUAAAAUUCUAAAAGCGGUGUCACCUAGAUUCGGACACAUGGUUGCGGAAGAGGCAAAACGAAAAGGACACUUGAGAUACUUGCACUCAAGAAUUAUCACAAAUUCUGAAGAGAUUGCAUUCUAUGGAGGACACCAAGCCGAGUAUAAGCAGUUGGAUGGAGCAUUCAACUCUCUGUAUCAACAAAUGAUGUUGAUUUUCAAGAAACGUAUUCCCUACAUUAUGAUUGAGCAGUUCCUUAUGAAAUAUGUGUGGUCUGGUACUGGAAUGGUCAUGAUUGCUCUUCCGAUCCUUGCAGCAGAGUAUGCAGAUGAUGAAAAAUCCACCAAACUCGAAGAUCUUCCGGACCAUGGAGUUUCUGAACGAACACGUGGAUACGCUACAGCCAAGACGCUUCUUUUUAACUCGGCAGAUGCAGUAGAAAGAUUAAUGACAAGUUAUAAGGAGGUUACUGAAUUGGCUGGAUACACAGGAAGAGUUCAUGAGAUGUUCAAAGUGUUCGAUGAUGCAAAGAAAGGAAUCUAUCAGAGACAACUUGUUAGUGGAGGUGCAGUGGAAGGGCAGAGAGGAGAGAGAUUCGAUACUAGUCGGAUUGAGGGUGUCAUCACAGACUCUGAAACCGAUGAGAUUGUACUCAACUCUGUUCCGAUAGUCACACCAAACGGGGAUGUAGUUGUGAAGAACAUGUCGCUGACGAUCACUCCUGGAAUGCACGUGCUGAUAACUGGACCCAACGGAUGCGGAAAGAGUUCCCUUUUCAGAAUUCUCGGAGGACUUUGGCCAGUUUAUAGAGGUCACCUCGAGAAACCAGUCUCUGAUCGUAUGUACUACAUUCCACAAAGACCAUACAUGACUCUUGGAACACUUCGAGAUCAAGUGAUCUAUCCAGAUACCACAGUUCAAAUGAGACGACGCGGAAUCACUGAUCAAGACCUCAUGAUUAUGUUGAGAAUUGUGCAUUUGGAGCAUAUUGUGGAGAGAGAAGGUGGUUGGGACGCACAGAACGAUUGGAUGGAUGUGCUUUCAGGAGGAGAGAAGCAGAGGAUGGGAAUGGCUAGAGUAUUCUAUCAUAGACCCAAGUAUGCUCUUCUUGAUGAAUGCACAUCUGCAGUUUCUAUUGAUGUAGAGGGAAGCAUUUAUCAAGCCAUCAAAGAUAAUGGAAUUACCCUUCUUACAGUAACCCAUAGACCUAGCUUAUGGAAAUUCCACACUCACCUGCUACAAUAUGAUGGUGAAGGGGGCUACAAGGUCUCAUCAUUGAACGAAAAGACUAUUGGAGAACGAAUGAGUUAUUCGGAAGAAAAACAACAGUUGGAGAGACAGUUAGCAGAAGUUCCACGGUGGAAGGAACGUCUUCAGGAAGUAUGCCAAUUACUGGGCGACGAGGAUCACUUGAACAUGACUCUUGAUACCGAUGAUAGUGAAUAG